AUGGGUUCAGAAAAGCGCAAGAGAGGUGGGGAUACAACCUCGAAGCCAAAGAAGAAGGUCGCCAUCGAUGCAUCUCCCUCAACAACUGUCUCUUCUGUUCUCAGACCCAAGCAUUGUCCUCCCGUAAUCGCUACGGCUGUUGGAUUCGAUGUGCCUAAGGACAUUCCCUUCCAUUCGUAUGCGCCCAAAGAUGCUGCCAAGUCAAAGGCCAAACAGACAAAGUCAGCUGGCGAGAAAGACUUUUUGUUGCACUCCAACGCGCACCGAACCAUGGACUACACAGUCAAGGCAGAUGGAGCUAGAGGCCUCAAGCCAGCUCUGAACCACUUCCUUGGAAUAUACGACCCAAAGUCUGGCAAGCUCGAGGUGGUUGAGGCAAAGAAGAUGACUAUGCGGGCAGCAGUGCGGGCAAAGCAGAGCGCUGCUGCUGCCGCUGACGAGCGCGAUGCCAGCCAGACUAUGAUGCAACUCAAGAUCGACCUUGGCCAGACGUUCGGUACCAAGAAGGCGAAGAAGGCGAUCCAGGAGAAUGUCUUGAACGCCAUUGCGCCACAGAAGAAGGCCGGAGAAGCCCCUACAAAGAUCGACGCUGCUGCUCGCGCCAUGCUCAGUUCCGUCGGAGAGGUUACAUCGACCAUGGCGUCAAGAGAAGAACUACAAGCUGUUGUUGAUGAAGCCAGACCUGUGCCCAUCCCCAACCUGGAAGCGACCGAGAUCCAAGACGUAUACGAUCCCAAGAGAAUCAUCGGAGCUGAUAUCCUCAAGCUGGUGCCAGUUCGAGAAUGGCAAGAGAAGGUUCAGCAUAAGGAGAGCAUCCAGGUACCUUCACGAUUUGUGGCCGCACGUGUGACCCGGGUGGCAGGCAACGAAGACGCCACGGACAGACUUCGCGUGCUACGAUACUUCUUCUUCGUUCUACUCUUCUACCUUCACUCCAAGCCCGGAAAGGCUCGUGGUACUCGUUCUAUACCGCCACGCGACAAGCUCAGGGAAUUCCUUGCUCCCGCGCCCGAGGCCGUUGUCGAGAGCAUUCGCCGAAAGUUCUCCGACCGAGGCGAGAUGCGAAAGUUCCACAUCGAUCUCCUGAUUACGCAUUGCUGUGUGUUCGCUAGCAUCAUCGAUAACUUCGAGGUUGAUACGCAGAACUUGCGCGAUGAUCUGAAGAUUGACCAGAAGACGAUGAACGCCUACUUCCAUGAAAUCGGUGGUCGUGUCAAGCCUGUGACGAACAAGGAGACCAAGACCACGGUAUCUCUGGCACGAUUGGCACUACCUCUAAACUUCCCCAAGCAGAGACAUAUUGCUCCCAAGCGUCGAUAG